GAAUCUCACUCACAAAUUACUUACACAUUUGAAUUGUAUGUAUUCAUGGGAGAAGUGUAUGGGAAAAAAUUGGCGAUGACGCCGACAGUUCCAGAGUCCAAACGCAGUAACUCCGCUAAUGCUGCUUUUGAUCUUCGUCUUUAACUGACUUCAAUAAUUUCAGCCAACGUAGAUUAAAAAUAAAAAUAAAAUAGCACACAUACACCCUUCAUUUAUUUUGAUUCGCUCCACCGGGAAACACAAUCUCCCUCUCUCUACCAAUUCAACGGAAUUGGCGAUGCAGUAAGAGCAAGAAACAAAGGGGAAUUGUUCAUCAAGUUUCCGAAGCUCAACCGAUGGGAUUUCGGAGAAUUUGGAGUUUGAUUUGCGUAGGUGCAGCUUUGUUGGUGUGGUUAAGCAGCCCAACUGGAGUGACGGCCGGGGACAUAGUUCAUGAUGAUGAUUCGGCCCCCAAGAAGCCCGGUUGUGAGAAUGAUUUUGUACUGGUAAAAGUUCAAACUUGGGUUAAUGGGGUUGAAGAUGAGGAAUUCGUUGGUGUUGGUGCUAGAUUUGGUACUACCAUAGUAUCAAAGGAAAAAAAUGCCAACCAAUCUCGACUCUCACUUUCAGACCCUCGGGAUUGCUGCGGUCCUGCUAAGAAGAAGUUUGCCGGAGAUGUUAUAAUGGUGGACCGUGGCAACUGCAAAUUCACAACCAAGGCAAAUUUUGCUGAAGCUGCUGGUGCUUCGGCAGUCCUCAUUAUAAAUAACCAGAGAGAACUGUACAAGAUGGUCUGUGAGCCCGAUGAAACUGAU